CAUUCGCCUCUGGAACAGGGCGGGGAGAACAGUCGCCGAAUCGACACUACAAUAUCUACGCGUAUUUUUGUCGAAACCAUCGGCUUCGUGACUCGAACGCGAGUGAUAUUGUAAAAUAAUCCUGUGUUUCUGUGUUCAUUUAUGCUGUUUGUGUUAUUAUAAGUGUAUUAUGGUGUUUUUGUGGUGAAAAACGUGAAAGGACUUUAGGGUAACAAUGUCUAGCAGUUGACAUGUUUAUCUGUGUCGUGUGUGAAGAUUUUCCCUUCGCGUGAGGAGGUGCGGUGCGCGAGUGUGCGCGCUAGCGCUCCUGUGUGUGUGCUGUGAUCGUGAAUACACGAACCAAUGAUGGAUUGCAUUUCCAUGGAUGUAUAGAUCUUGCAUCGUGAAUAAGAAUGUGAUCUCAAGAAUCACUUCAUCGAUGACGGCAUAUUUUAUACGACCCUAGCAGACAAUGCGGUCACAAGCUUCAAAACCGUUACCUAAGAAAGGGGAAUUGAGUAAACCAUCAUUUAAAAACACAACAGCGAAACAAGCUACUAAAAAAGCUGUUUCGCCUAAAAAGGUUAAAAAUUUAGUGAAUAAAUCAUUGAUUAAAAAUACUAAGAAAGGUUCUUCCAAAGACGACCCAUCCACUUCCAAAAACGAUGACACUUCUGCUAAUACAGAUAAAAACGACACAACAACAGAAGCUGUUAAAUCUGGACCAUGUAAAGCAGGCACGUCACGAGGUGAUUCACCAACAAAAAAGCUCAAGAAAGAUCCAAAAGAGAAGAAAGACGCGACUAAAAGUACACCAGAUAAUGUAAAGAAAAAUGUUCCGAAAAAAGCUACCAAGGUUGACAAGAAAACUAAACAACCUGUUAAAGCUACUGUAAAAAAAUGCGUAAAGGGUAAAAAAGAUACUAAGUACAAAAUUAAUAAAGAUGUUAUAAGUAAAGCAACACCGAAGUUUUCAAAAGCUAAGACUGUAAUAAAAAAAGGAAAUGCUAAUAAUGACAAAAAGAAAGGGACGGUUCAAGCAAAACCAGAUUCCACAGAAAAAGACCAAAAAAUUGAUGAGACCAAAAGUACAGAUAUUACUAUUAAAAAGGAAUUAAAUACGGUUACUGAAGAAAAUAACGAGAAUAGUAAAACUAAAUCACUAGAAGCAGAAAAAAGUGACGACAAAUCUGACCCGAAAAAUACCACUGAUGCCCCUAGUAAAACAACAUCUAAACCUACUGGGGCUCCUGGUAAUCAACCAGAGACACCUAAAACUGAAACGGAAAGGCCUCCAAAGUUUUUCACGUCAGCUAGAUCACCGCGAACUGUAGAUAUCGAUGUUAAGUGUUGUAAAAACUCUAAAGGCAAUUUAAGCGUUUCAGAGAGGUUUGUUUCAAUGAAAGUAGAAACCAAAGCGGAAGAUAACGCUAAAGACAAAAAUUCUUCAAAUACUUUAGUAUCACAGGGACCAGAGAUUGAUGUUUAUACAUUCACGGAAAAAGUUGAUUCUCCAAAAAGCAUUCUAUCUGAUUUUCGUAGUCCUGUAAAUAAGAACAUCGGUAGAGUUCGACCAAUAGCUAGAGUUAAAGGUACUGUAAUUGAUAAAAAGGCCGAAUCAGAAAAGAAAAAGUAUUCGCCUCACAGACCAAUCGAAGAAGUUGUCAAACAGUUGAAAAAUAAGCGGUCUGAAGAAUUAAAUGCUAAUCAAAAUCAAAAUGCUAAUGCCACAUCUACUUUACAAAACAAUCCUGUUAACAGUGAGGCAGAAGCCGAAGAAAAACCCAAACCUAUUGUUAGUAAAUCUUACAAAAUGGUGGCAAGAAAAUCUAGUAUAACUGGGAAGCCGUUUAGUCCAAUUAAAUUUCUUGACCAAGAUACACCCACUAAAAGUGACAAAACUGAAAAACCUGCAAAAGCUAACACAAAUACAAAGAAAAGUCCUGUAAAACCUAAAAAACAGACUAAGAAAAGCAGCAUUUCAGAUGAAGAAAUAGAUAAUUCAAAAUUUGCUCUGAAUACUAAAAGUUUUCAAUAUUCGUCAUCAGAAGAAAGCGUUAGUGAGUCUAACGAUGACAAUGACACCAAAGAGUCUUCCGAAUCUGAUAGUCCUAAAAAUAAAAAAGCGAAGAAUAAAAAGUUAAAGAAAAACAGAAUUACAGAUGGUGGAAAGAAACCACCUUCUAAAGAACUAAAAGAACUGUCGAAAGAUUCUCUUAUAGACCUCAAAGAAAGUUCGGCUUUGUUAGGUAAUGAAAAACCUAGUAAAAGACGGCUUAAAUUGCUAUCGAUGUGGAGUGGUCCUAAGAAACAUCGGAUGGCAUCGCUUAACGCAAUUGCGAAAGUCCAUUGCUUGUAUGAGAAUGAAAGUAGAACACACAUGGAAUUGGGAUUGAUGAAAACAGUUGAUAGGCAAGUCUUACCGAGCACUUCUAAGGCUGGGUCUCCUAAAAAGAAGGAAACUAAAACUAAAGAAACGGAAAAACAAGAAAGUACUUCAGAAUCGGAAUAUGAAGCUAAAAAAGAAAAGAAAGAAGAUAGCUCGGAAAGUUCGGACGAUAACCCACCACAGCGAUCUCUGCGUGGAGUGCCAGGAAUCAGAAGUGCAGGCAAGUACUGGGACCCAAAGUCUUCUACCUCUUCAAGUGAAGAUAGCGAACAAGACACCAAGAAAAAGUCGACUAAUUCGGAGAAGAAGAAAGCUUCAUCUAAAGUUUCUUCUACUAAAUCAGAUUCUGAUAAACCGCCUGCUAAAAUGAAAAAGACAGCCGGAGUACCUGUGAAGAAAAAACGUAACAGAAAUGAAGUAGUAAUGGACCUGAAAGAUAUGGUCGUACAAAAACGUAUGGCAAGCCUAAACGCUACCGCAAUUCUAGCAGCUAGUUACGAAAAACGUUCACCUAAAUCCAAUAAAGAUGAUACUACAUCAGACUCAUGUAGCGAUGAAUCUUACUCACAGAAGUCAAAAAACGGGGUAACUUCCGGCGUUAAGUCGGAAUCAAAAAACGAAUACGAAGCUAAAUCUGAAAGUGAUGAAUCCGCUGUGUCGGAUAGAAAACAAAAAGUUGAAGUGAUAGUUAACCAGGACACUGAUGUGACUAUUACCGGGGUGUACUCCACACAUCAUCACGAGGGGUUUUGCACGGUAUCCGGCAUGCAGUACCGCAUCUCAUCCACAAGUCACACACAGACCACAGCAACAGCAAACUGUGAAAAGGAGGGAUGUUCUCGAGAAGACGGAGCCCGCUACACUCCACUUUCCGCCCUGUCAUCCAUGCAACCGCCCGCCGACCACUCGCAUUCACAUCCAGUGGGGGCUGAAGGCAGACAGAAGUCUUCCCCACCACGUUCCGUUGCAGGCUGCUCGCCUACCCUCACUCCAGUGCCAGAAUUGGGGGGACUAGCGCGUCGCCCCGGGUGCUCCAGCGCAUUCUCCGCUCCGUCGUCGGCUUCUCAUCAUGAACAAGGAUAUUACCAGCCUGCGGGGCCACUGAUCAAAGAGACGAGUGCUGACGCAGAGCGCACGCUCGCCAGAUAUCAUCCACAUUACCACGCGCCGCAUCCACCGGUACUGCAGCAAUAUGGUCCGCCAUAUUACCCUGAUCUAUGUUACGGCCGCUACUACCGGCCACCAGGGUCAUACCAUAUGCCACCACCGCAGCCGGACGCACAGAUGGUUGGUGUCGGUAGUGAACCAUACCCACCACCACCACAGUAUUAUGGCACACCGCCAUGUUACCAACACUCUCCCCAGAGGAUACCAUACGUAGAAUAUCGCGGAUGCCCGUGCCCAUUAAACGCGUGUCCAAAAAACGUGCUUAUUGGGCCCGCUACUGGUAAAGCCCCAGCCGGUGGUGGCCCAGCAGACGUUUCCCCUGCUCUCGCGCCGCCCGGGGGCGCCUUCCGACCGAAGGUGCGGGCGUGCGCUCUUGACGCUGUCGCAGACACACAUGGCAGCGGCAAGGACCCGCCACUAGAACUGGAACCUCCAGCUGCAGCGGAUGCUCCUCACCCUCGUGCUAUGCCAGCAAUGGGUGGUGUUUCUCCUAAACGUGAGAUCUACGAUGUUCGGGAUAAGUUACGCAUAGCUAAUGACAUACCCGGACCUGCAGAGGCUCUCGGACCACCAUCACCCGCUCGCGGCUCAGCUGGAGCGUGCGCCCCACAGCCCCCACCUGUGGCGCCACGUCGGGCUCGCCUCGGCAAGGCCAUGGCCAGGCGAUCCCUUGUAGGCGAUGACACCGGCCUCCUACUAUCUACGCCACAACCUCCACUACUUGUACAUCACAGCGAUGCUGAUGAUGAUGUGCUCGCUAUUUCACCUCCAACGUGUGCUCCAAUCGACCUCUCCUCUUCAGACGAAAGGUCGACCCCCCUAGUCGAUGUUAAAAAGGAAAAUGAAGGUCCGACGUAUAACACCGCAAGAAAACCCGAAGCACAAGCACUUAGAGAACAUAAUAGCACUACAGUCAUUGACGCUAACAUCGUUCCUGAUGCAGCUAAAGCGGUGAAACGAAGAUAUUCAAAACCCAAAUUAGAGAUUGAUAUGAAAGAUACUCAACUUGAGGAAUCUUGUAAGACGAAUGGAAUUGGGGAACACGUAAAACUCCAAAAGCGAAGAAAAGUUUCAGGGGAUCAGACUGAUAUUCAGAGGGUAGAAACUGUUACUAAAGAACCCAAGAAAAAGCCAACUCAAGCUAAGAAAAUUCCAAAAUCGCCACAGGCCGAUAAGAAAACUGUAAAACGGAAAUCAGAAAGUGCGACGGGUGGCUCUAAGCCAAAAAAGAUGCUUCUCGAGAAUGAUGAAGACAACAAAGUCAAAAAUAUUGUCGCAAUCAUCGAUGAAUCACACCCUGCAAAACCAAAAAAUAAAAGUGCUUUACUUCUUGACAAUUUAAUUCGGAAGAAUAGCAUAGACCGGCCUGAAACCAAAGGCUUAGACGCUGAACUAAAUCCAGCUGAACUGUUCCUAUCUCCUACUGAAAAUAUCGCACAAAUUAGUGCCAAGAAAACCUUAAACAUUAACAACAAUGUUGUAGACAGUGGAAACAAUGCCGUUAAUGGAGUUCGGGCCAAUACACUUGCUGCUGUAUCUCAAUUAAUAGGCAAGAAAAUGGCUUGUAAAUUAGAAAAAGUUGAUUCCAAAGUUAGUCACGAAGUUAAAUCAGUAUUAAAACCACCCACCGUAAAAUCUGUUCCUGAAAAUGACCGUAAACCUUUGAGUAAAAAUGAUAAUAACGAAGAAAAAUUAAAACCUUGCACUAAAACAGAAACUGAAGUCCUCAUACCUCAAACUGAAAAAGAGGUACCAGAAAUAUUAAAAGAUAACAUAAUUUGUACUAACGCUAUUGCGGUAGAUAUACCAGCACAAGUAACUAUAACAACAAAGGAAAAGGAAGAUUUUGAAUUAGAAGUUGAAGAAAUGGAAAUCGAACACGCGGAAAAGAUAGAAGACAGUGAGGACAAAAAAAUAUUAGAGAAUGAAAAAGAGAAGCCAAAACCAGUAAAGCUGGAUAGAUCGACGAUAAAGCGAUGCAAAUUUGGAAAUGGAGAAAUGAAGGCUAAAAAUGUGGAGAAAGUAGUUAAAUUACUGGUAUCGAAGAGGCCGGCAUUUAAGACGGAUGAGGCAACGUUAGUAGUGGAGGAAGCCUGUGCGUCUCCAACGCCCACGGGACCAGGGAUGCGGCGAGCAAGGCGGCGGGGUGCGGGCCACUCGCGCCGCGGCCGGCGCCCGCUCGUACCGCCCGCCCCGCCCGCGCUCGAACCGCACGCGCCGCCGCGCUGGAGUAAUGGCUGGAACUGGGACGGAGAACAUUAUCUAUCCAAAGUCUACCUCAAUAAUGACUCCAAACUGGACCGCACGGCACGAUGUUGGUCGCGCAUGACACACGCUAGUGGCGACAGCGUGUCGCGAGGUGACUGCGUGUUGUUGAGGGCAUCCCUAGCCAGAGCACAACCUUACGUCGCCAGGGUUGCUAGUCUGUGGGAAAACCCCGAUGAUGGGGAAAUGAUGGUGUCUCUGGUGUGGUAUUACCGGCCGGAGCACACGGAGCUCGGGCGACAGCCGGCAGACGCACCCGACGAAGUAUUCGCGUCACGACACCGCGAUGCCAACUCCGUGGCCUGCAUCGAGGACAAGUGCUACGUGCUCACCUUCAACGAGUACUGCCGGUACCGCAAACGGCUAAAAGCGGCUGAAGAAGGCGUCACCAUCGCCCCUUCGAUCGUACCUCCGAUGCCAGCGAGCGAGGUGAGCCCGGCAGUGGCGCCCAACGACAGCCGCCUGCCACCCUCCGUGUCCCCCGAGCUGGUGCUAUUCUGCCGCAAGAUAUACGACUUCAGGUCCAAGAAAAUACACGUACCUAACAAAUGAACUCCUGCGUGAUAUCGUCUGGAUGUCGUUUAUAAGAUCUGUGUCGAUCUGUGCACCGAGGACGAGGCGUCGACGCCUUACGGAUGCGUCGCAACAAAUUUUUACAAAGUAUUUUAUCUAAAUGAUGUGAACACCAAAGUUACGUUAUGAAGUUUUAUCGCGUUAGUUGUCGACGGCACUUGACUGUUCUCGGUGUAACACGGUGGGAGGACGCCGCGAUGGCGGUCCUACAGACUUCAUCGUUUCUUAUGUAGUAGUGUCUCAUUGCAAACCCUUAAAUUAGUACAAAAACGCGUUCCCGGGUGCAAAUCGUAGAAUGUGUGACCUGUGGCCAUUUUAUGUGAAAAUAAACUACGUAAUCGUUGUGUUUAGUAAUCGCCAAUCGGUCAGUUUUGUUGCUUGUGUCGUGAUUUGUCGUAGAAGUUUAUUUCGUAUCUAGACUUACAGUGAUUUGCGGUAUCAAAUAAUUUGGAUGAAUAAUUAUUUGUAUCAAAGGAUGCCUUUUUUAAUGUGUAAGUAGUUAUAAGGAAAUCAUGUUUGAGAUGCAUAAUUAUGUAUAGCAAUAUAUUUUUCUUUUUGCUUGAAAUUAAGAUGAGCGAAUGUCCUAUUUAUUCUCAUUCUUGUUAAAGUAAUGAGAUGCUGAGUACUGAUUCGAUGGCUAUUCAUUAUAGCUGAUACGAUUUUGUAUGACAUUUAAGAUUUGAUUGGCUACUGGGAAAUUGAAAAGGCAUUUAUAAUGAUUACAAACUUAUGUUUAAUUAUGUACCUAUUUGUUAUAUUGUUGCACAGACUUUAUCUCGUUAUAUAGUCUGUGUAUUGUUGUCAAGGUAGAGUCUAUAUUAAAUUAUUCUUUUAUUUUAAGAGCGUAGGUGCGUGUGCGUGCUAUAUACAUCGCGAUUGGAUCUCUUCUGUACAUGGCGCUCGCGGUUUGAUACAUCACAGGCAAUGGUGCGCAUCGUAGCUCGCGAUACACGUAUCAUGUCGAAGUAUAUUGUUUACGUUUCGAAAAUAUACGGGACUCUUACAAAGAGUAUACAAUUAAAUUAAGUAGUUAUUGAUACAUCACAAAUUUUUGCAAGUUUAUAAUUUUAUGACAUAGAAUCGUAAUUAUAAUCGGAUAACGGGGUGAAGGUUGCCUCAGUUAAGUUCCGUAUCAAUUGUGUAGCCCCUGCCAACUGAAUGUAACUCCGUUCCCGUAGGCGCGCGAUGUAAUCUGCAGUCGUUUUUAUACUUUUAAAUAUCAAGUAAAUGAUACAAAAGUAUUUAACUUUAACCCUGCCUUCGAAGGAAUUGAUUUUAAAUUGCAUUUCGGCCUUUUAAUAUCCAACGUAGGAAGUAAUUAUUUCAAUUAGGACCGGUCCAAAGUAGUUACAGGAAGACUGAUUUUGCGAAAAGUUUUAAAGUGUUGUCUAUUUAUUUAAUUCAUUUAGCAACAUUACCCGGACGGAAAUUCAAAAAGAUUAGAUUUUUUUGUUUUCACAAACAUGUCAGGCAAUAUUUACAAUUUACGGAAAAUAACAAAUGGGAACAUUGUAACAUAUUUUAAAUGUAAUAUUAGUGCAUAGAUGUAUACAAAACAAAAGAAAAACACUUCGGUGUUAAAGAGAUAUAUUGUAAGACUAUAAUAGUGAAAUCUCUUUAUCAUUAGAUACAUAUUUUUAAGUAGUGCGAUCGAAAUAAAAAAAUAUAUAUUUAACGUUAUAUUUCCUACGUGGAAAUUGAAGAAAGGGCAUUUAUAAGUACGUUUCAAUUUGAUUACGUUAUCAUUUCCUUCACUAUUUCCUACAAUGUAUCUCUAUAUUGUGUUGACUAUUAUUUUUGUACAUACUAUAAUUUGUUUUAGUAUCCACAUGCUAUUUGUUACCCAGUGAGAUUUGUAACCACUAACCGUAUCGAUAAUUCCGAACUAAUGGAGGUAAUAUUCUCUUUGAUUCAUGUGAAAUGUGCAUUCCGUUUAACGAUAGAUAAAUGAAAUGAAUAAAUCUGGAGGCAUGCGAUAUGAUCGUGUACGCAACAAUUUUAAUUAAUCCAACACACAAUUGUUCAGACUGUACCUAGGUACAGUCUACCCUAGGGUAUUGAGAUUGGGCUAUUGCCCUGAGGAUUUGUACUUAUUGUCUAAAAAUGUGUUUAUAAAUAGGUGCAAGUCCUAACCACACGCGAGGGGGUUGCCUAUCAAAUUUUAAAUGUCAUUUAUUUAUCACAGCAAAAUGUUAUAUUUAGGUGUAAGUAGUGAUCCUCAGGGUGGCAUUUAAGUUUUAGAAACUAAAUUAUUAAUUCUAUGACAGCUAACUUUUUAAUUUUUAUUAUCUUAUUUCAAGCCACAAUCUCACUGGUUGUCUAUUCCAAAGCUUAAGUUGUCUAUGUUCUAUUUUUUUUUGUUUCUUUUCAUUGCUUGAUGCCAAAAAUUUUAGCUGCAAAAAUUCUAUUAUUCAGUAAUGAUGUAAUACCAAUCUCCUUCUAUUUAGGUUAAAGGAUGACGGGAGAGUCGGCGCCUGACUUUUACCAACCACGUAUAUUAUAGUCCAUACCUAGUAUCUAGGUCAAAAGAACUCCCAGUUUUAUAAAAAAAAAAACCUAUUGAACCCCGUAGAACGCUUACUGUAUUUAUCGUAGUCUAUGUCGUAGGUUAUAGUUUUAGUGCACAAAUACCUACAAUGGACGCGUUACAUUUGUUCAUGUGCUGAUUCGCCCGACAUCAAUACUCAUUAUUAAUUAAUCAUAGAAUUAAUGAGUAAAUUCCAUAAUAAUACUAUAAGUGAGCUCUCCCUUGCUUGUAGGAGGAUUGUUUUUAAAUGUUACCUGGACAAAGCGCGAUUGCAACCUUCUAUAGUCAAUGAUUUUAGCGUUAGCUCUACUAAUAAGGAAAUACCUUGUUUUUAUUAUUUAUUUUGUUUCAAUGAAAAUUAUAUAGGUAUAUUUUAUUAUUGUAACCUACAUAGUUACGUUGGCUGUAAUUUAAUAUUGAUGUAAUUAAUAUAUGUAUUUUUAUUUCAA